UUUGUCGCCAUAACGUGUUUCGUGACUUUCGUCUUCUCUCUCUUCAUUCAUAUUCUUCAUCUUCCUCAUCUUCUUGUUUCUGUAACUUUUAUUGUUGGUUUCUAAAGUUUCUCAUCUCUCUUUUAGAUCUGGUAUCUUCUCAUUCCGGUAUCCUUCUCCUUUGACGUUCUCGUUUUUUUUCCUUCUGUUUAUAAAAAGUUUUCUUGAAGAACCCUAAGGGUUACAUGAUCCAUAUAUCUCUCAUAUUUGUUUAGCUACGGAUUCUCUUUUGUUGUGAUCCCUUCAAUCGUUAGAAAAGAGAGAGAUGUAUUUUGAUAGUUUUUUUUUCUUUUUUUUCACUUUUUAACACUUAUUCGUCUUUUUUUUUUCCUCAAAGCAAGUUUGUACGAAGAACAAGGAAGAUCGGUUUUCUUUUUUUGUUAUUGUAUGAAGAACAAGGAAGAUCGGUUUUCUUUUUUGUUGUUGUUUAAUAUCUUAGAAAUCUAAGGAAUAAUUGGUAGUGAUGGUGUUUCUUAGCAAAUUUGAGUUACAUGAUUUUUGAUUGAUAUCUGUAUGUUGCAGUGACGGAGGCUACUGUAGUUCUUUUAAAAAAAUAUAUUUAUCCCAGGCAAGAAUAAUUCUUGAAUUAGCCUAAGGUGUCUAGUUAAUGUGUUUCCCUACCGUAUCCAGUAUGAAGAAUCCCCUGCGCUGCUCAAUCUCAGUACCUAUACUAAUUCUGGUUAGAUAAAUUGUAUUUCUGAAAAAGUUGCUUCACUCAGCUUUCAUUAAUCUUAGUAGGUUAAGUGCUUGAUAAAUUUGUCUCUGCCUUUCUCUAUUUUGUUUAAUUCAAUCUCAUCUAGGUUGUAAUUUUGCACCAUUCGAUCAAGAAUGAUGUGUUUUGUUGCAUCAAGCUAUAGUUAUGGUUCAUUGUUUGUUAAGAAUUAAGAAGAAUGUAGCACUUUGAAUUAAGGAACUAAAGUUCGGUUGUAUAUUUCCUGAGCAAUAUAUCAGUAUCUAUAAAGUGUCUCUCUACUUGUCAUGCUGCAGCUAAACAUGAGAACGUCUGUUCAGUUGCCUAAAGAUCUGGAAACCAUAAAUUUUUUUUGGCUUUUCUCUUUCUCCUUCAGAGCUAAUUGCCGUUCCCUAUAGUCUAUAGCAAAAGAGAUUUACCACUGUACUCUUUUUCCUUUUUGGUAAGGAAAAACUGAGCUAAGAAUUUUCCUCUUUUUAUAACAAUCUUAAUGGACAGUGAUCUUUUUGUGUACUGUAAUGCGAUAUAAUCUUUAUAUUGCAAUUAAAUUGUCACAGCUUCCCGUAUACAAACCUUGUAAUCUUUACUUCUUUCCUCGUAAGCAGUUUCAUGAAUGGCACUUGAUGGUCUUCAUUUACGUUGUUAUCCAUUACACGUUUUAAGUUCCCCUACUUCACUAACUGUGUAUAUUUUGUUUGGUGAAUUUGCAGGGGUGUAGCACAUGAUAAGGUUCACUUUCUGGUCGCCCCCCAGCGUGGUAGCGGUCAUAUAAUAUCCUUUGUUUCUCAUUUAUGUUUCUUCUUCUAUUGAGGAGGAAUGUUUCUGAUCUUCAUCAAAGAAAGAUGAAAGAAACUGAAAAGGCCAGCAAAAAUUAUUCAGAUUCUUUUAUUAAAAAAAGAUAAGUUGCAGAUGGAACAUUUGUUAUCAUGAAUUUUUUUAUGAAUCAAGCAAGCUUCAACAAUUCCAGUGGUAGUUUAGUUGAGAAAACCCCCAAUUAAUCCGUGAGUGAGGAUGCUAUGGGGUUUAGUGUUCUUUGGAGAACUUGUCAAGGGGAUCCCUCUCUGCUUUCCUGCACCAAAAUUUGUGGGUUAGAAUACUUUUUGAACUUAUGAGUCUAUUUAUGAAGACUUGGUGCUGUAGCAGAACUGAUUGCAAAAGAGGGUAAAUCGGCCACAUUAAAGUUACCGUCUGGGGAGGUCCGUUUGAAGAAUUUGGUCUGUUUGUGCCCGGCUUUGCAACUUAUUAUGGUUUGUGCCCGGCUUUGCUACUUAUUAUGUGAAUAGAAAUGUGUAGUUGCUUUAUAACUGGCAUUUUUGUUUAUAACUCGUCUGACUGGUAUGUGUAGUUUUAUGAGCUACCAGAACCAGGCCUGUAAAAUUAUUUUGGCCCAAACAUAUAUAUUAUGUCCACUUCUAUCGAGCCGAAUAUCCAAGCCCCGAUUUAGUUUUUCUCUCUUUCUCCGAAGCAAAACCCCCAAUUUCCCCCUCUCCAGAUCUCCCUCUAGAAACCCCAAAUGAAGUUGUUUUAGCAGUUUCUGAAAUAAGACUUUCCAAGUCCAUCAAAAGAGUCCAACAAAACUCAGAAUGGGGAGAAGAAGUAAGAAGCGUCUCCACUCGAGGAGGACUAAAAUCACCGAGAUGACGGAACUUGAUGAGGCAUACCAUGAUGGUGAAAAAUUCAUUAUGCACGAGAUGGAGGACCCUGAGACAUAUUGGCUGAACGGAAUUCCAUGUGAGAAAUCGGGUUGGCAGCCCCCAGUUAGGCCUGAUGUUUUGAGUGCUAAUUUUGAUGCGUCUGGAUCAAAGGACAAGAAGUCCCUUGGCUAUGGUUAUCACAUUAGGAAUAGGAAAGGGAUGUCUCUACUCGAAGGAUUUGGCCGAGCCAAGGAUCCUUGUAAUGGAAACAACACAGGCUACAUGGAAAUUUAUGCAUAUUCGAAGAUGUUGCGCAAAGUGAAUCCCAAAUUGUGUCCAAAGCUUGAGGCGAGGUGCGACAAUCUGCUUGCAAUCAAUAUCCUCAAAGGUACCGUGGCAUUCGAUAAACAUACUCAUGGCCCACAACUCGUUAAGCUCAUGAAAUAUGUCAGGAAACUUGUGAAUGAAAAAUACCCAAAGGGAUCAAAAGAGAGGUUUAUAGAAUAUAAAUGGGUCUGCCGCGAAGAGAACUUCCUAACCGACCAUCUAUCACACUUAGGGGGGAGACUAGACUUUUAUGGUGAAAUGCCUAAUCCAAGUGAAGUUCUUAAGAAGAACUGGACCUAUAAGUUCUUGUGGAAUAAGGAUCGGAAGAUUGGAUUUUGCAAGUUUCCUGAGCUGCGACGAAUAGCUCUUGAGCGGCACAACGAUAAUAAGAAGUUCCUUAUAUGCCCCAAUUGCAACCAGAAAGGGCACAAGGUGGAGGACUGCAAGGCUGGGGCAAUUUCCCCUUCGCAGAGAAGAUGUUAUCAUUGUAACCAGCCUGGACAUCUUGCCAGAAACUGUGAAGCUAAGGGUACUGGUUCUGAGCAGUCUACUGGACCUGCUCGAAAGAAACAAAAGAAGGCUUCGGUGCACCCGAAAGGAGGAACCCCAUGACCAGUUAGAGACUAUAUUGGUGUACUUCUGAGACCCCCUUACUUUUUCUAUUUCAUUACUUUUCUGUAACUUGAUUUUUAACAUGUUAAGAGUUUUUGGACAGAGUGUUGUCUCAGAUAAGCCAGUGAGUACUCUUAUGUUAGUAAAUAGAUUUGCCAGUCCCAAGGUUGAAUGAGACCUCAGAAAAGAAAGAGAGAGAGAAGU